AUGAUUGACUCUUCGGCAGGGAACAAGACCUUGGAAAAUGCGUCUGCGUUCACAAGAAGUUCUAUUUCCAAGGCAGAAGGGAUCGCAGUAUGCAGUGCUCUCAUUUUAUCUUCGGUCCUUAUCAUUGCAGGAAACUUGCUCACUCUGCUUCUCUUUGCAGUUACCAAACCACUUCGUAGGAAAAGUUUAUUUUUAGUCAUGAACAUGGCGUUUGCUGAUUUGAUGUUAGGAGCCAUCACUCUGCCCUUUUAUAUUUUCGUUAAUGGAGGUUACUAUCAGCUUUGGACAGCAAAAUAUGACUCUGAACACAUGGCCUACAAAAUAUUUUAUACAAGUUUCGAUAACAUACUUAUGUAUGGCUCAUAUAUAUCUGCAGCCUCUAUUUCUUGCGAGAGACUUUAUGCCGUAUUUUGGCCGUUUAAACACCGUUCAUUAUCCACCAGAACAUGCCGCGGCAUCAUUUUCUUAAUUUGGACAUCCGCUGUCUUGGUGUCUACAUUAACAACUUUGUCAUAUGUUUCGAGUUCAUUUGAAUCUAUUUUCUUGGUUUCCAUCCCCGUUGCGUCGGGUCUAACAAUCAUCAUAUGUUUCUGUAACAUCGCGAUCUGGAGAAAUUUUCAACGCGAGAGUGUUGCCUCACAGCAUCGAAAUGGAGCUUCGCGAAAUAGACGCUUAACAAAGACCCUACUUCUGGUGUCCAUGCUGGCUUUAGUAUGCUGGCUUCCCUUAAUUAUCAUGAACCUAUUAGUCGUUAUAUAUGGAACUGAGACAUUAAUAGUAUGGGUUUAUAUCAUGGCGAACAUUUUUAAUUAUUCUAACUCUUUUGUAAAUCCGAUUGUGUAUGUAUUCAGAAUUCCUGAGUUUCAGCAAGCGCUGCGUUCUUGCUGUACGAAGGGGAGACCAACCAUUGAGAUGGUUAAAAUCGAGAAAAGAAACCGCCCAACGUCAGAAAUAGAACUAAGAAAUUUUACGAACCGAUCCCACUCGCCUGCUAGUUGAGGUUAAACGAGAAGAUAUGGAAACUAGGUUUUAUUCAGUUGAGAUAAGAGGACCGCUGGCGUUGUUACUGAGUAGUGACAUUCAUAGGAGGCAGGAGCAAUAAAUGUGCAGCACUGUAAGAAAAUAAGAUAGCGUUCUUAGAUUUUCGAUUUUAUGCUUCACAGAGCCCUGUUGUUGCAUUGUAUAGGGUUGCUUUUUGCAGUAACCAGUUAAGUAUGAAUUUCAUCCAAUAAUAAAAAUAUGCUGUUUUAUUUAUCCUAUCUGAGAUAAAAUAACCUGUCAUGUUAUAAAAAAAAAUUAACUCUCAAUAAAUAUGAUAAUUCUAGCUCUUAAGUUCUUGCUUAAAUUCCCACACCUAUACUUCUUGGUUUGUCAGAACAUGUCAAUAGCCAUCUUACCGACCGCGCCCUCAAGAGUUUGAAAUGAAAAUACAUGUUAUUUGCCAUUUAUUAUAAGGAUAACGAUCGGGUAUUUAGAUAAAGUACAAUUUCAAACAUAUUUAAAGAACACCGAAUGCAUGAGACACCUGCACAGUAACUCAGCCCGUAGACAUCGUUAUCUGCACGUGCGAGGAAGUAAGUGGAACGUUCACUGCACGUGGUAAAGAUAUCAUGUUUUCGAUACAGAAACUCUGAUAUUUCAUCGCCAUCUAUGUAAUAAAACUUUGUACUUUGGCCGGUGAAAACAGCUAAGUUAUUUCCGACAGUUUCCAAUAAGACAUAGGUUUGAAGAUUAAGUACCUCUACGCCUCGAAUGAUAUCCAUGUCACGGGCAACACAUUUAAAACUAGUGGAGUGGAAAUUGUUGAUAAGCAAUCGAAUUCUUUUCAUGUGUGAAGACUAGGAAAUAAAAUGUCUCUUACUUAUGUAAAUAAAUUCAUCAGUUUAAGCACACAGAUGUGUGUGAUGACAUAAAACCCACAAUCUUAUUAUUAAUUUCAUAUUAUCAGACGCUAAGGCACUCGAGAUCUCUCUCUCCCUCGACCAAAAUGUGACUAAGCACAUUUUUGAGAGAUUAACCGACAAAAUAGAAGAGAUGGUUUAUAUAUAUAUAUAUAUUUUUUUUUUUAAUAAAAAUAACUAAGAAUAGCUCACUGCAUCGAAUUACAUAUGUGAAGCACAUUUUCUCUGAAAAGAUAAAUGCGCUCAUCAUAAAACAUUAAGAAAUAAAAAACAUUCAUAAAACAUUAAGGAAUAUUUUCUCUUCUUGCCGAGAAAUGGUGACGGUUUUUUCGGGUUAGGUAAUUUGUGGACUGAUAACUAAGGAGGGGUCUUAAGGAAAAACGAACCUGACGAGAGUGUUAAAGUGUGUUGCUCCGAGUGUGUUAACAAAAAAGACGUGAGCAGCUGUUCGUAAUUUGAUGAAAAGACAUGACACCGAAAGGAAGCUGAAUUCAUGAGAUGUUCAAUUAAAAUGUGCAGUCGAUAGCGGAAAGGAGAUCACGAAACUAUCACGACCACUAUAGAUAGAAAAAAGUUCUCUUUAAAUAGAUCGUUUCUAUACUGACUUAAUUUACUAUGUUGGCUUCCUUUGAUCACCAGUACCAUGGAAGUUUCAUGACAUGGUGACCAUUUUAAAUUAUUCUAACUCUUUUUUCAAUCUAGUUGUAUUUACAAUCAGAAUCCCUGAGUUUCAGCAAGCGCUUCGCUCUUGCUUUACGAAGAGGAGAGAAGCCAUUGAGACGGAACAAAUAGAAAGAAGAAAUCGAACGUUUGCACAUAGAACGCCAUCGAUAACGCUUAGAGUAUUACGAAUCGAUCCCACUUGCCUGUAAGAAGAAUUUGAAAGGGGAAGAUUUCAGUCAACUGACACUAAAGGAGCCCGGGCAUUGAUACUAAUUAGUGAGAUACAUUAGAAGUAGAAGUCAUAUCGAUGGUGUUUUGUCCGAAAAUACGAUAAUUUCUUACCUGUUUGUUAAGAUUUAGUGCGAAUUUUACCCAGGGAUUGAAAUAUGCUGUUUCAUUUAUCCUCUCUGAGUAUAAUUUCUUACCAUGCUACAAACGAAUAACAAUCUUUAGUAUUAUAAUUUUAGCUCUAAUGUUUUAUUCUCAAAGAACACCCUUUUAGAACUGCCUAAUCGCCUGCGAGUGGAAAUGGCGCCUUCACAACUCUUAAGAAGGAUGUUCAGAGGUCACUGCUCCGAAAGCAAAAAUUUUUCCUCCGAACUGUUAGCUAAUCUAAGCCAAAACAAUGUUUGCAAAAUAAUAAUGAAAAUAAAAACCUUCUUGAAAAACAAAACUACCAUUUUGAGGAGCUGGUUGCCAUGACGACAGUUGUCCUCAGAAGAUAUCCUAUUUUCAAAACAAGAUAAAUUCUGGUAUUUCUUUAGAGAAUAAUACAUGGGCGCGCGUAUAUAUGGAUAAAUCACGAGUGAGCGCAGGAAACUUGUAAGAUUUCGAGUUGAACAAGACAAGAGAAAUUCCCUAUCUACAAGCAACAAUGUCGUUUUUAUUUAUUAUAGAAACACCAUGGCCCUUUGCUGACAAGAGAAGUCAACUAUAAAUUUAUUGAUAAAUUAAAAAGAAAAAAAAUAGCAUCCAUGUCCCCAGAUUAUGGCGACUAGAACAUUGAAAAAUCGUAUUGCUCACAGGCAGUGACGUUCAAACUCUCCCAGAAGGGGAAGAAAACCAUAGAUACGAAAAAGGAAAAGCUACAGUCACAUAUUCAGUGGCUUUGGUAAUGGCGUUUCUCGCGGCUGACAACGAAAAUCGACAACUAGAAGAUUUGCCGCAGACCGACUUUUGCCGUUUACCUGAAAGACUCCUUCUGUCGGAAAGAACAAAGUCAAUAAAUGAGUUUUAUAAAUUGAAAAUUACGCCCAUUGUUGUUUUUGUAAUCACGAUUCAACGCAUUUUUCCAUCUUGAGCCUUAGCGCCAACGCACUGUACGAUUGUCCAUUCUUUUAUUGUCAUUCAUUAAUGAAGGCAGCUUUUCUUGUCACUAAAGAGCUAUUGUGUUUAAAUGAUAAAUAAAAUAAUACAUGGUUGCUUCUAGACAUGGAAUUCCUCUUCUCUUGUUCUUCGCGUUAACUUUGCUUUCCAAUGCUGAAUUCUUAAGAAACUGGCGAACGAGCAAAUGAUAAUAAAGCCACGGGUUUAUUAUCUUUUCAUUCAUCAAUUCCUGCUCCUAACAAUACCUGCCACAUAUAGCUCUUAUAGAGCUAUACUUUGACGAGAAUAAAAGUGGCAGGUCAGUAGCGCGGCAGUUGAAAAUAUCGAUAGUAUCAUACACGCCCAGCAAGAAUUGGAAAACCCGACGUCAGCACGUUGCUUUCUGAGACCCAGCUUCUUUUACUAUUUGAGUACGUCCUGAGUAAUCCCACCGACUACUUAACUCUUAAACUCCCAAGAUCUCGUUUGCAAUUCUCCUUACUGUCAGCCAUACAAUUCCUAUGAUGUAAAUUUAGAGAGUUUGGUAUUGGAUAAACUAAUAAUCCUCAAUUGAUAUUUUACUUUAUUCUCAUCACUUCUAUGCUUGAUAUUGUAUUGAUAUUGUAAGGAGAAAUUCUCUCUUAGUCACUCGUGGGAGGUAAAGGGGUUAAGAGAAUUGGAACAAUAUUUGACAACUUCAACUGGAAGCUAUUAUUAGCACUAGUUUGGCUGAGCGGAGUUGUGUUUCAGAGCUAAGUUCUUUGACAGUACGUUGAUCAAAAAAAUGUUUGAGCGACAGAAUGGCGAAUGACACUAAAAAGAGAUGUAAUGUCCACAGUGAAAAGAAGUUUGUCUUGGCCAAGGAAAUUAAAGUCACGAACAAUUUCAAGUGCGUGUUGGCUGUCUUUAAUGUAUGAUGCUAAAGUUUUGACGAUAGGAGCCAUAAAUGUAUCUAACUCUAGAUUUUAAUUUCUUAGUAUUUCUCUCUCUAAUUGUUACGACUCGUUUAAUUCCAACGGUGUGCGAUGACUUUUUGAUGCAAAAUUAAACAGUGCAACUGGUAGCAUGUGUCUAGAGCUAAUUAUCCUGAAGUGUUAUUACACCUUUCAUUUAUCACUAAUGAAGAUCAUCUCUCAAGUAAAGAUAACUUCCUAGUCUGAUAGAGAUUUUGAGCCACACAAGAAAUUUGUUAAGCGUAAAACUGUGCAAUUCUUGCCUUUUCAACAAGAAAAUACAUGAACAGCUGUUACGUUAUUUGAUAAACAGCCAUUUUAUUGACGGUAUUAGUUGAACCUGAAAUGUCUUGUCUACCUGGACUACGUGACUCUUUGAAUAUAAUUACCACGGAAGACAAAUCAGCCGUUGUUGCUUGGGGUUGUUUUAAAAGGUUGAGUGCCUCUCCUUUGAAAAAACGCAUUUUAUUCCGAAAAAAACUGUUUACCUUAAUUCAUUUAGUCAUCUCUGUAAUGAUUGACUCAUCGGCAGUGAACAAAACCAUGGAGAAUGCGUCUGCAUUCACAAGACGUUUUCCUUCCAAGGCAGAAGGGAUCGCACUAUGCAGCGCUCUCAUUUAUCUCUGGUCCUUAUCAUUGCAGGAAACUUGCUCACUCUGGUUCCAUUUGCAGUUACCAAACCACUACGUAGGAAAAGUUUGUUUUUAGUUCUGAAUAUGGCGUUUGCUGAUUUGAUGUUAGGAGCCUUCACUCUGCCCUCUUAUAUUUUCUUUGUUGGAGGUGACUAUCAGCUUUGGACAGUAAAAUAUGACUCUGAACACAUGGCCUACAAAAUAUUUUAUACAAGUUUGGAUAACAUUUUUUUGUUUAGCUCGUAUAUAUCUGCAGCCUCUAUUUCUUGUGAGAGAUGUUAUGCCGUAUUUUGGUCGUUUAAACACCGUUCAUUAUCCACCAGAACAUACCGCGUCAUCAUUUUCUUAAUUUGGACGCUCGCUGUCUUGGUGUCUACAUUAAUAAAUUUGUUAAAUUUCUAUGAUUCGAGUUCAUUUGAAUCUAUUUUGUGUUUUUAUCCCCGUUGCGUUGGGUCUAACAAUCAUUAUAUGUGUCUGUAA